AUGAGUGAAUUCAGCGAGGAUUUUGAUGAGAAUCCCAAAGAAACACCUCAAGAUAACGGUGCAAAUAAUGGUGAACAAGAAAAUGAUAAUCCUUCUCAAAAUCCUCAAGAAAAAUCAAUGAAUGACGAUAAUGAUUUCGAAGACGAAAAACCAGAACAAGAACAAAAUAAUGACAAUAACAAUACGGAACAAAAUCAACCAACUAAUGAUGAUAACGAUUUUGAAGAUGAAAAAUCGGAAGAAAAGAAUAAUGAAGAACCACCAAAACAAGAAGAAGAAAAAUCAAAUACAGAAAAUGAGAAAAAAGAAGAGAAUAAUGCCGAUGACGAUGAUUUUGAAGAUGCAGAUGAAAAAACUAAAAAUAACGAAGAUACGAAAAGUGAAAAAUCAUCAGCAAAAGAAAGUCCAAAGAAAGAAAACAAGGAUAGCGAUUCUGAACAUGAGGACGAAAAGUCGAAAAACAAUAAAGAAUCAAGCAGCGGAAAAUCUUCAGCGAAAUCGAGUCCAAAGAAAGACGAAAGCGAGUUUGAUUCCGAUAAUGAGGAGAAAGGUAAAAAUAACAAAGAAAAAUCCGAUAAAUCUGAUAAAUCAAGUUCAUCAAGUUCAGAUGACGAACACGAGAACAAUGACAACGUCAUGAUUACUCAAAAAGGCGGUCAAAAACAAAAGGAGCCUAAAACUUCAAAUUCAUCGACAAAUACAAUGCCAAAUAACAGGCAAUCGCCUAAAAAACCUACUCCAUCGCAUAGUAAUAGAUCUGCAAAGACGUUGCCACAAAUGGAACGUCCAGUUAAUCCGAAAAUGAAAACCGUUAUUCCAAUAUCUCGAAAAUCUGACGCUCCUGUUAAAAACACAUCGAUAAGAAAUUUCGACCCUAACUACCCACCAAACUUUACGGAGAAAUGGACACUCGAAGCUCUCAGAGUGACUGGAAUCAAUCCAAACGAAUUGAUGUAUCCUACCGAUCAACUUUUGAAUACAUAUACUCAUGAUAAAAACCUUCGUGAGUAUGUUCGCAAUGAAAUGAAGAAGACAUGUGAUGAACUGAUCCAAACAGUCAAAGACAAAAGGAAAGAGUUAAUGGAGCAACCAGAAGAAGACGUAGAAGCCAGAGACAUUGAGAUAAACACAGAUUACAUUGCAGCUGAAGAAAGAGCGACAGAAGCAGUUAAAAACAUGACUAAAAAGGCAGUUGAACAGAUGAUUGUUAAGUCAUUAAUACAACAGAAGAAUGCAGAAGAAUUUAAACAAAGAGAACUAAAAGAAAAAGAACAUAGAGAAUUACUUAAAGCUCAAGCAGAACAAAAGAGAAAAGAAGAGAAAGAGAAACAAAAAAGACACCAAGAAGAACAAGAUAGACAAGAAAGAGAAAGAAGAGAAUUAGCAGAAAAGAACAGAAUCGAAGCAGAAAGAAGACAACAAGAAAUACAAAAGAGAAGAGAUGAAACAGCAAAAAUGUUACAUGAAAAAAUGUUGGAAGAAGAGAAAAUAAAGGUGACCAAACUAUUUUUUGAAAGUCCGCCAUAA